GCAAAACACACGUCAGAGAGCACAGGUCCACGGCAAGCAAAUCCUGCAGAGCAGCGCUGUGUAUGUGUGUUCAUGUGUGUGUGUGCGUCAGGAGGAGGAGGAGAGAGAGAGACAGAGACAGCAUGGACUAGAUGCUUCUAAACCACUGCAGGAGCACUAAAUCUGGGACUGUCACUGGAGGAGGAAGAGAGAAGACAUUCAAAGAAGGACGUUUAUCUUGCACUACAGUUACAGUAUGGAGACUCAUCUCUGCUGUCCGCCAGUGGAUCAAACUAGAAGCAAAGGAAACAAAAGUCAGCCGCCGUAUUGACUUUUAACAGGACGGAGAACAUAUUUCCCUGACAGUUUGCUCUGAGAAGGUGACGAUUAGGAGUGGAUUUUGUUUCUUCUUUCUUUUCUUGUCUCUUCUCCUGUUUCGGUUAAUCGCUUUGCUUUUGGGGGCUCUCCAAAAGUCGUCACUUCUCUCAGACCCUUCCUUCCCUUCACAGCAUCUUCUCUGCAUGCUUUUCCACUGCUCUGCAGGUGAACACACUCAUGGUGGAUGCCAAGGGAAGGAACAUGAAAUGUCUGACGUUCUUGUUGAUGCUUCCAGAGUCAGUUAAGAGCAGGUCCAGUAAAGGUUCCAAAAAGGGGAGUCCCAGCAGCUCGUCCAAGCUGCCCCCAGUGUGCUAUGAGAUCAUCACUUUGAAGACCAAGAAGAAGAAGAAGAUGGCAGCGGAGAUCUUUCCUACUAAGAAGCCGGCGUCGGCCACCACGGUGCAACAGUACCAGCAGCAGAACUUGAACAAUAAUAACACUAUCCAGUGCUGCAACUGGCAGGGUCUCUACUCCACCAUCAGGGAGAGAAAUUCUGUGAUGUUCAAUAAUGAACUGAUGGCUGACGUUCACUUUGUUGUUGGUCAGUCUGGAGGGACUCAGAAGCUCCCGGGACACAAGUAUGUCCUUGCUGUGGGAAGCUCUGUUUUCCAUGCCAUGUUCUAUGGAGAGUUGGCGGAAGACACGGAUGAGAUUCGUAUCCCUGAUGUGGAACCUCCAGCUUUUCUGGCUAUGCUGAAGUACAUUUACUGUGACGAAAUUGACUUAAGUGCCGACACCGUAUUGGCAACUUUAUACGCAGCCAAAAAGUACAUAGUCCCACACCUGGCACGGGCUUGCGUCAACUUCUUGGAAACAAGUCUGAGUGCCAAAAACGCAUGUAUUCUUUUAUCUCAAAGCUGUCUGUUUGAAGAACCAGACCUGACACAACGCUGCUGGGAAGUCAUUGACGCUCAGGCGGAGCUGGCGCUUAAAUCAGAUGGCUUUUGUGACAUUGACUCUCAGACCUUGGAGAGCAUUCUCAGACGGGAGACGCUGAACGCGAAGGAGAUUGUUGUGUUUGAAGCAGCACUAAGCUGGGCCGAUGCCGAAUGCCAACGGAGGGAGAUGAACAUUUCUAUUGACAACAAACGCAAGGUGUUGGGUCAGUCCAUAUACCUAAUACGUAUCCCAACAAUGGGUCUUGAUGAUUUCGCAAAUGGUGCUGCGCAGUCAGGAGUGUUGACGUUAAACGAAACCAAUGACAUUUUCUUAUGGUACACAGCGGCUAAGAAACCCGAACUGCAGUUUGCCAGUCAACCUCGUAAAGGAUUGACGCCACAGAAGUGCCACCGCUUCCAGUCGUGCGCCUACCGCAGCAAUCAGUGGCGAUACCGCGGACGCUGCGACAGCAUUCAGUUCGCUGUUGACAAGCGGGUGUUCAUCGCUGGUUUUGGGCUUUACGGCUCAAGCUGUGGGUCAGCUGAGUACACCGCCAAAAUCGAGCUCAAACGGCAAGGGGUGAAUUUGGGAACCAACCUCAGCAAGUACUUUUCUGAUGGAUCUAGUAACACCUUCCCUGUUUGGUUUGAGUACCCAGUUCAAAUCGAGCCGGACACUUUCUACACCGCCAGCGUGGUUCUGGAUGGAAAUGAACUGAGCUAUUUUGGACAAGAGGGUAUGACGGAAGUGCAGUGUGGAAAGGUGACCUUUCAGUUUCAGUGCUCUUCGGACAGUACCAACGGCACAGGUGUGCAGGGCGGCCAGAUCCCAGAGCUCAUUUUCUAUGCCUGAGUUUCCUAUGGGGAAAAAAAACUGCCCUCUUUACUAGUGUGAAAUAGCUUUACAACACAUACAAGAUCUGUUUUUCUGUUAUUUCAUGGCAGAAUUCAACUUUUCCAGUGCCGCCAGCUCAAGCAAACUGAGGCAUAACAGGCAUUACAAGGGUUUUGUUUUGAGCUCUUAGUGUUUUUGGGGGGUGGGAGAGGGGGUGGGCUGUCAAAUUGUUACACUGUAUUUCCUUCUUGUCUUAAAAGUGAAUUAAAUAAUUUAUUUUGUGCUCUGCAUAACGCUGCACCUGUUUACAAGGACAAAUUUCAUUUCUGUGGGAAAGAAGUGAGCCUGGCUGUUGCUCUAUAUCUUCAUUGAUUUUUAAUAUUUUUAAAUAAUUUCAUUUGGGAGGGGACAUUGUGCAUUGUACAGUAUAUAUAUUUAAAUGUAUGAACUAAAUUAUAUAUAUAUAUAUAUAAAUAUACUAUAUUAUCACUCCAUGGCUAUUUCAGCUGUUUACAAUGACUACGCCAUGCUAGUGAACGCUUGCACAUGUAUAUUGUAGCAAUAGUGAACAAAAUAUUCAGUCACGGUAACAGUCUAACUUCAGUAUUUCUCCACAUCACGAUUCGAGGCAAUCAAAAUACCUAACACCAAAGUUACUGUCAUCAUAACUCCUUUAUUUUUCUUAACAAUCAUUAAUUUAAAGAGAUAGUUGAGCCCAAAAUGGAAAAUUCUUCCAUUUACUUACCCUUGACUUGUUUCAGAUUAUUUUUUUGUUCAAGAUAUUCUGUUGAAGAAUGUUGGUAACCAUUUACUUCCAUGGAAUUAGUUUUUCCUACUAUGGAUGUCAAUGGUUACAGGUUUUCAACAUUCUUGAAAAUAUCUUCUAAAAAAAAAAAAACAGGUGACUAAAUGUUCAGAAUUUUCAUUUUUUGGUGAACUUUCCCUUUAAAAUUUAGAAACAUUAUUUGAAGCAAUCAUGUUGAGGAAUACAAGUUAUUAAAUGUCUUGACACUGUUGGCAUUUGUAACACUUUUCACAUUUUAAUUCAGAAUAUUUGACUUUAGUUAAGACAGAUGUCAAUUUUAAUUUCCUGAAUGUGAAAACAAGGCAGUGUGGGACAGAUGUAAAGUUCAGUAGGUUAUACAGCUUUUAAGACAUGACUUUCUGACAUACUGUAGUAUUUAAUCAGACAUGAUAUACACUACCUGACAAAAGUAUUGUCGUCGAUAUCGGUUGUAAGAGCAACAAAUAAUAACUUGACUUCUAGUUGAUGAUUUGGAAAAGUGAAAGAAGGUAGAUUUGUCCGAUGAAUCAUCUGUUGAACUGCAUCCCAAUCAUCACAAAUACUGCACAAGACCUAUUGGAACCCACGUGGACCCAAAAUUCUCACAAAUAUCAGUCAAGUUUGGUGAAGGACUAAUCAUGGUUUGGGGUUACAUUCAGUAUGGGGGUAUACGAGAGAUCUGCAGAGUGGAUGGCAACAUCAACAACCUGAGGUAUCAUGACAUCUGUGACAUCCUAUUACAUUACAACCACAGGAGAGGGCAAAUUCAUCAGCAGCAUGGCGCUCCUUCUCAUACUUUAGCCUCCACAUCAAAGUUCCUGAAAGCAAAGAAGAUCAAGUUGCUCCAGGGAUGGCCAGUCCAGUCACCAGACAUGAACAUUAUUGAACAUGUCUAGGUUAAGAUGAAGGAGGAGGCAUUGAAGAUGAAUCCAAAUAAUCUUGAUGAAUUUUGUGAGUACUGCAAGACUGCUUUCUUUGCCAUUCCAGAUGACUUUAUUAAUAAGUUAUUUGAGUCAUUGCAGAGAUGUACGGAUGCAGUCCUCCAGGCUCAUGAGAGUCAUACACAUUAUUAAUUCUUUUUCCACUGCACCAUGACUAUAUAUUCUAUACUGUACAUUAUAUCCAAAGUCAGACCUUACUGUCCUAAUUAAAUAAUUAAAAAUCAAGGCAUGAUCAUAUUUUAUUUUGGUAAAAUAAGCGUAAUCUAGAGGCCUUUUCCUUUCAUAUAAACCUCUUUUGAUACCAAAUGAUCAACUAGAAGUCAAGUUAUUAUUUGUUGUUUUAAAAACUUGGAUAGGCGACAAGAUUUUUGUCAGGUAGUGUAUACAGUACAAUCUAUUAGACUUUACAUCUGAUCUGUCCCAUUUAUUUGGUUUAAAGUCUAAUAUAGAGUGACGAAGGUCAGAGGAAUCAACUGUACAGUGAACUGUUUCAUGUUGUAUUAUAUCCAGCAGAAUGAACAUCCUAAAUAUUGAUCUUACAAUAAAGUGUCUAUGUUCUCUAAUGGAUUCCACGAAACGUUUUUGUUUUUUUUAUUAACAAAGUUCAACACUAGUAUGUUCAAAGUCUCUUUCACGACAGUUUUUGUGAAGUGCACUAACUAACCAAACAUAUACGCUACAUUUAAUUUAUCUGAAAAAAAAACUAACAAACAAAAAACAUGCAAUACAUAUUCAUAUUCACCACCGCCUUGCAAUAUAACGUUUUGGGAUAUUGUGUCAUCAUUUCCACCCCUGUAAGUGUUGUGUUCAUGGCUAAUUAGCAGCAUAAUUAGCUGUCACCCAACAAACCCGUCUUCACGCUACUAAAUGGGAUGUUGUCAACUAACAUUAUAUCACAAAUUUAUAAAAGCGAAAUAUUGCAAGCAUUUUAUUUUGUCUGCUUUGGGCUUUAAUUACCGGCAUAGUCCCCCCCUUUUUAUUUUCAUUAAGGUGUCAAAAGCAUCAGGAGCACACACACAUACAAGAAAAAGCUAAUUCUAUUUCCUGUGCAACAUAUAGUGACAGAGAUAAUGACGAGCAGAAGACUUUAUGAUUGCUCUAUAAAUUAAUCAUGACCAUUUCUUGAACAAACACAGACAACUUUAAUUAUUUUUACUAAUCUUACACAGCAACGAUCAGUCCUGUGAGCAAGUCAGCAUCCUAUUGAAUAAAAUGAACUAAACACUAUGCUCACAAAUGCAAUGCACUUUCAUUUUAACUAAAACGUGUCCCAUUUCUUAACUUGUGUGUGUUAUUUUUUGUCUUUUUUGUUUACAAGUGAAUUGAUCAUCACAUGAGCUACUUUAAUCUCUGUGCACUACUUAGAAGAGAACAUUGAUGGAGCUUGUUGUGCGUUUUUUGAUGAACACUUCUGUGAAUGUGUGUAAAAGCAUAUGUUUGUGUGUUACAGUACAGAGAGCCUUAUGAAUGUGUAUGAUAGUUGAACAUGCAAAUAAACUAAACAAGCAGUUCUAUAAUAACAUCAA